AUGAGUUUGUCCUCUCCAGUUGGCUGCGCUGUCACGAAAGCUAAAUGCUUACAUAAUGCCAAGUGUGAGUCACAGUUACUACAAAAUAGCAAUGAAUCAGAAGUGGACACUGCUGAAGAUCUGAGAAGAAAACUCUGUCAAGCUAAAAAAGAAAAAUUAGACUUAACCAUUAAACACAAUCAAGAACUGUCCAAUUAUGAAAGCCAGAUAAUCAAAUUACGGUCAGAAGUUGAGAAAGGAGAGGCUGUUCGACAAAGUCUGGAAUAUGAAUUGGCAAUUGCCAGAAAAGAUGCUCGUCUGAAAAGAUAUGCUGCAGAAGAGGAGUUAAGUGAUGCAAAAAACAAACUUGUGGAACUGCAAGUAUUGAAUGAAAAACUUCAGCAGAAGGUGGCAGAGACUGAGAAAACAUUUCAUGUUACUCAGCAGAAUUGGAAAGAACAACAGCAAAGAUUUGCAAGUGAGAAGGAUGAUAUCCGCAGAAUUUGCAACAGUGAAUAUGAAUUGCUUCUUAAGGAAAGAACCAAACUAGAAAGUGUUUUGCAGGAGCAGAAUAAUGCAUUGCAAAAUAUACGCAAGAAAAUGAAAGAUGUGGAGGUGGAACACAAUGGAUGUACUGAGCUGCUGAGGCACCAGGCCAAUGAGCUUGAAUACAGCGCUGAACGAGAGGAGCGACUUAAAAAAGAACUUGAAGCAGCUACAGUGAGAAUAAAGAAACUGGAAGAAAACAUUGAAGCAGAGAGAGCAGCACAUUUGGAAUCCAAAUUUAAUUCAGAGAUCAUCCAGUUAAGAAUUCGAGACCUUGAAGGAGCUUUGCAGGUGGAAAAAGCCAGCCAAGCAGAGGCUCUUUCGGAUUUAGAAAUGAUCAAGAAAGAGUUCAAAGAGGUAGAAAAUGCAUAUGAGAGAGAAAAACGCAAUGCCCAAGAGAACUUGGAAAAACUCAAUGUAUUAGAAAGAGAGUGUUUCUGCACAAACAAGCAAAUGAAUGAGAAGAUUGAGGAAAAGAAGAAGAUAAUUAAAGACCUCUCCGAGAGACUAGAGAAUAACGAAAAAACCUGCAGAGAAUUACAGGAGGAACUUGCAACGGCCAAGAAACACCAGGUCUUUCUAACAGAGACGUAUGAAAACAACAUGAGAGAGCUGGAGUUACUCUUGGACAGCUUUGCUAUGUCAGGCCAGCGGACAGCAGGCACUUGUAAGGACAAAGAUAAACCUCCGAGCCUCUCUGUCCUUGAGACUUUGAGGUGUACCUUGACAGCUUACCAGAGCAAGCUGGAAGAUACGUCUAAUGAGCUUGGGAAAAUGAAGGCUUUGUGUGAAAAGAUGACAAAAGAACUUGAGAUAUCCAAAGAGAAAAUGUGUGCUUUAAAUCAAGACCUUAAGGAAGCUCAGGAUAACCUGGCUGAUGCCAAUAAAGAGUUAAAUCAUCUGCACACUAAGUGUGCAGACAGAGAGACUUUAAUAGGAACUUUAAAAAUGGAACUACAGAAUGUACAGCAGUGCUGGGAGAAGGAGAAAGUACGUGCCACAGAAUCUGAGAAUGAAAUCCAGAAGCUUACCAGGGCUUACCAGAAGGAUAUGGAGGAGAAGCUAACCUUCCUCCAUAGCUUAUACCAGCAUUUGGUAGCAGGCUGUGUGCUUAUAAAACAACCAGAAGGCAUCCUAGAUAGAUUCUCUUGGUCUGAGCUUUGUGCAGUCUUGCAGGAGAAUGUUGAUGCCCUGAUCUUAGACCUCAACAGGGCUAAUGAGAAGAUAUCUCACCUAGAAUAUAUUUGUAAGAACAAGUCUGAUACUAUGAAGGAGCUUCAGCAGAGCCAGGAAGAUGCUUUUAGCAAAAUGGCUGAACAGAUGAAAGCACAGCAAAGCUGUUGGCAGAAACAAAAAAAGUAUCUGGAACAGCAAUACUCAGGUCUCCUUGGGGAAGUUCAUGCAAGGGCACAGGAAUACCAAGAAACAGCAGAGAAAAACAAGGAAGAAAUCUAUGUCCUUGAACAAAGAUGGGAGAAAUUGGCCCUUGAAAAUGUUUCUGUGAAAAAUAUGUUAACGCAGGUUCAGAAGGAGCAUUCAUCUCUCCUGGCAGCCUGUGCGCUAUUGGCAGGUGCCCUGUAUCCUCUCUAUGGCCGAUCAUGUGCUAUGUCUUCCCAAAGAGACCUUCUGCAGGAUCAGGUCAACAUUUAUGAAUUAGUGAACCAGGAGAUUAGGACCCUAGUUCAUGCUCUCUGUGAUGUAGAGGAAAACAAUCAAGAUGAAGCAAAACUGAAGAAAAGAAAAUUCAAAGGCCUGAUCCGUGUAUUCCGAAGAGGUGUGAUUGCAGUUUUGGCAGCUAACAGACUUAAAGUUUUAGCCCAGUCUUCUAGUUCCCUCUUCUCCUGGGUAAAUGGCUUCAAAGAAGGCAUUGGAAUUCUAGUUUGUAUAGGAGACUCCAAAAGCAAGCAUGAUCUGUCAAGUCGUGAAGAGGAACAAAUUCCCUGUGUUGAAGCACUCAGCUGGUUUACUAGUUCUAACCUCCUUGCUGCAAUAAUCAGUUCUGUCACCGAAUUACAGGAUGUUGUUAACAAAACAGAUCCAAAGCCCUGGCUUUCUGAACACUUACUUGUAAGUGCAGCCAGGAACUCCUUUUCAAAACUUAUGGACAAGCUGAAUGUACUAAUGGAGACUGUUCCACUAGACAGCAGUGGGAGCAUUACUUAUCUGGAGAAAGACUCCUUGGUGCAGAGGCUGGCUCAUGGACUUCAUAAAAUAAAUACUCAGGCCCUGGAAGCUGGAUUGUAUGACAGACUACCUAUUAUG